CUGUCAUCAGUUUCACCCGGCUCUCGGCUCCAUCCCAGGCAGAUGCUAUACCGCAAAUAAAGUUUUAAAAGUGGAUUGCGGGGGUUUUGAAAUCUCCGCAAUGCCCAGGAGAAUUUCUGUACGAAAGUCGAUCUCUAAAUUAUUUUCCAAGAGCGAGACAAGCCUGAGGGUCAGCGACGAGGCAGACAGACUGAGCAAGCAACAUCCAGGAAAUGAGAAGCCCAUGAAGAAACAAAAGAGAGCCAAGAAGAAAGGAGAUGGCCAGUCUUCCACAUCACAGGGGUAUUUGGACUGCAACCAGAGAGAACAGGACAACAAAGGUGUAGCAGACAGUUACACAAACCUUUCACUCAGUACAGAUCAAUCAUUGGACAACUUGGAGUUGGAAGAUGUUUCUGAUUGGGACCCAGUUUCUAAAUCAGAGAACCACUACUUCAGCUUUUCGGAAUCGGACCUGCGAGGCGGGGGAAGCAUUUUGAGUGCGUUUAGCAAUUUUGGUGGGCAGAAGCUAAAAGAGAGGAGUGCCUACUUCCUGGGCUCCUUAACCUCUUUGCCCAGUGCCAUCGCAUCAAGGCGAGCCAGUGCAUCCCGGGAGGAAUUGGAACAUUCUGAGGGCAGCAAAAGACCAGGAGAGCGUAGUCAGGGUGGAGGGAGUGCCGAGGAGAGUAGACAGUGUCAGAAUCGAGUUUCAGAAGCUGAAAGGCCCAAGUCACACCCUGAAAGCAAUCAGUGUCACAACAUUCCUGAUACCCAACAACAAAUCAGUCCUGUAACUGUAACUGCUGCAGAGCAGAAACUCCCAGGCUGGGCUGAGGAUAUUUUAAAUACCUACUUAGAUAAAGAGAAGGCAGGCAGUCACAAGCCCCCAUUGCUUGUUAAACCCCUGCUCCAGGAAUCCACAGUAAACUCUCCUGGUGUUGUUGCCAAGCCAGGCUCUGAGCAGAGUCUGGGGGAUAGCUGUGAAUCGCUGUCAGUGAAGAGGAAGCAAGCCAGGGAUCAAACAGCACCCACAAAAACUGCAAAGACCAAGUACAACAUCAUCAUCACACUGACCAAAGAGGAAGGCCGUGGAGACGGAAAGGGGGAGCAGGAUGCUGCAGGGUUAGCCCAACAGGAGACAGCUGUCCCAGGGAGCGUACGACUGAACGAGCCCAAAAUGACAGAGCAACGCCUAUCAAAUCAGGGGAAACCUGUCGGGCGGGUUCCCUAUGCCCACACUGUGGUAUGUCAGGGGAAUGCGCCGGCUCCUGUAAACACUCCUCUCAGAAAUAGUUACUACUCCGGCCUGGGAUACAGAAUAGGAGAACUCUCGCAACAUCCCAGGGAACGCGUUGCAACUUUUCAACCACGUCUCACUCCGAGGGAUAUAGGUUACAGCCGCUUCCUCCAGAAACCCGACAACCUUCAGGCUGACAGCAAAAUAAAUCUUCAGACGUUGAUGAGCUUGCCGAGGUCCCUCCAGCAAGCACAAGGCUUAGAAAUUUGCCAAGAGAAUACAAACAAAUUGGUAGGUGAGAACAGCGGGUCAAAAAGCAUCAGCAACCAAAUUGGAACCGAGACUACUGAGACCCUCUCUGUACAUGUGCCUUCUGAAAUUUUAGGGGGUCCUGAUUCCUCACAAAUUUCAAGCAGUACAAUGCAACACCAGAGUAAUGGAGGGCUUAGUGACACCAAGAGCGCAAUUUCAGGACUGUCCAAUAGCUCCUUGCAACUGAGCACAGCAGAUUCGAAGCACAUUGAUUCUCAAAAGCGCACCGCACAGGGAGACAAUGGUGUGACUGGAAGUGAUCUCCCUCUGCCAGGCAAUCCAACACAUAGUAGCAAUACAAUACGUGUUUCAGCUCAGCAGUCCAGCAACGAGUCUCAUUUUGGUCAAGGUGAUGUAUUACAGACUGUGAAAUCCUCUGGACAUACUCUCGACUCUCAGACACCUGAUCACAAGAGCCUUGUUUCUAAAACACUUCACACUCCAACCAGUGAGGAAAGGACAGCUAUAAAUUUGAAAUUGGAUCAGCUUCCUGGGCCACAGCUGGUUAAAGUUACUUCCAUAAGUCCUGAAGUUGAGUCACUUCAAAAUUCUAUAAAAUACACUGUGGAUUCCUUCAAGACUGACAUUACUGAAAAGCCCAUUCUCCAAUCCAAAGGUACCCUUGUUAAAGAUCCUGCAGAAAACUCAAAAGAGGCUGGAAUCUCCAUAGUACUCGAUGAUGGGUCUCAAGCACAGGCACAGAAGUUCAGAAUCAUGAAGGCCGGACAAGAAGACAGUGUUAAACAACUCCAAAAUUCUAGAAGCCACUUUCUAGAAAAUGAGCUGUCUUGCACUGAUGUUUUCAUUCCGAAUCAAAGAGAGAAAUGGUCCACAGAUGUCUCAGAUGACACUGAUAGUUUAUCAGAAAUAGAUGGGUUUGUAGACACCAUUCGGAACUUAGAGUCGCCCAUGCUUUUGAACCGUAACAAAAGUCCUAGAAACCAGAGGGCACAUUCCAUCUCUUCUUCUUUUUCUACAUUGCCUCCAAUAGAAGAGGAUCAAACCAAUCCAAAGAAUUCCCUAUUGUCUUCAUCAGACACUGAGAAACCACAGCAGCUGGCAGAUACUAUCAAUGGAAAGGUUUUGCCAAUGCUGCCCUCACAACCUGUUCCACCAGCCUCUCAAAUCGAUUUCUCAAAGACUCUAAAAAAGGAAAUUCUCACCCCCAUGGAGAUGGUGAAGAUGCAGCUCGAGGAUAAGCCCAGAUUCGGUACCCGACAUGCUUCACCAGACAACAGCAUUAUCUUCCCAUCAGAUCUUCUAGGAAAGACAAACCUGGAAUGCAAUGCAGAUUCAAAAAACAAAGAACCCUUUGGUGCAGAAAGCAGGUGGUCUCGGCUCAGCAACAGCUUAUUGUACUACAAUGCUAAGAAACCAAUAGAAUCUUUCUCUGGCAGAUCAUUGGACCUGAAUUCAGCGAGUGCAAAUCCAAUAAGUCUCUCGACCAAAUCUCCAAAGCACAUGCAAAGAAGUUUGUCACAUGAAGAUGUCAGCACAACAAUAAAGACCCCUGACCAGCUCCCAAAAACUACAUUUCUUGCUAGUACAUUUGAAAGCAAUUUGAUGGACACUCAAAGGCCUAGUCUACCAACCAGCAUAUCUGAAAGGCUGAUACCUGGAUACUCCAGGCUGAUAGACACUAACAAGAAUCUUCAGUCCCGCAGAACAUCUUUACCUUCUGAUUUACGCUCUGUUACCAAUGAAACUGCAAGAAAAUUCACCGCCUUUCCAGAUGUAUGGAAAAAGACACCAAAGGAUCAAGGAAAAAUUAACCCCCGACCUGGCAAGAUAAUCAUUUACGACAAGCCAAACUUCACUGGUUUUCAGAGAGAAAUUAUUUGUGACGUUCCUGAUUGCUUGUCUUGGGAAUUUCCUGCUGUCAUUUCAGUAAGAGUUAUUCGAGGAUGCUGGGUGUUCUAUGAGAAGCCAAAUUAUAAAGGGAAGAAGUUCAUACUUGAAGAGCAGGAUGUAAGGUUGACGGAUCCCUGGAGAGAGGAAGUUGAAGAAGAGACUGAAGAUCCUGACUCCAAGCCACCUCCUACCAAAUUCAUCGUCAUUGGUUCCCUCAAAAGAGUAGUCAGGGACUACACCAUACCAGAAGUAUCUUUGUUCCCAGAGGCGGAUGGUGAGGGGAAGAAGCUUACGUUUCACUGUGAAUCCGAGGAUAUUCGGAUAUUUGGGUAUCCCCCAAGAACAACCUCCAUCAUUGUCAGUUCUGGACUGUGGUUUGUUUACUCUGAGCCUUUCUUCGAAGGCCAGCAAAGUAUUCUGGAAGUAGGUGGCUAUCGAACUCUGGAGGAAUGGGGAGCAGAGAAGCCACAAGUAGGAUCCCUGAUACCUCUACAAAUGGGUCCGCCGAGGGUGGAGAAGCCUAAUGAACCAAUGAUCACCAUUUUUGAGAAGAUGUACUUUGCUGGGAGAAGCCGAGAUGUUUACAAUGACUCCUCAGACUUUCUGUCCAGAUAUCCCAACACCGGCGCCGCUCUCUCAAACGCUGGCUCCCUAAAGGUCUAUGGAGGAAUUUGGGUCGGCUACUCAAAGGAAGGGUUCAGGGGUCAUCAGUAUCUCUUUGAAGAAGGCGAGUUCAUGGACUGGAGGACAUGGGGUGGCCAUGAUGAGGAUUUGAAGUCCCUGCGCCUCAUCCGGGCAGAAUUUUUCAACCCUGUGAUUGUUCUGAAUGACAGAAAUGACGACGAGGAACAUGAUUCAAUUAUGAUUACUGAGUCCAUCCCAGACCUGGAGUUGGUUAAUUUUGGGGACCAAGUACAAUCCAUGAAAGUUAUGAGUGGAGUAUGGGUGGCUUACGAGGGCGUCAAUUAUUCUGGAGCUCAGUACAUUGUCGAAAAAGGAAUUUACCGGAACCCUCAGGAUUGGGGUGCCCAGAACUGUAAGAUUAGCUCCCUGCACCCCAUCUUACUGGUGGAGCCAAGCAAUCCUCAGUUCAGAUUGAAGGUAAGGGCCUACCCAGAGGUCGAAUAUGGUGGACGCUGUCUGUUGAUCGAGGGGGAGAAGUUGAAGAUCCCAAAAGAUUUUAAGAUGCAGUCUUGCAGGGUCCUAAAUGGCAGCUGGGCACUGUAUGAGGGCCAGGACUACAAUGGGAGAGUCUUUGUGGUUGGUGAGGGAGAAUAUCCAGACCUCCCAUCGAUGGGCUGCCGGGUGACUGCCCACAUCCGCAGUGUGAAGGCCAUCCCACAUGUCUUCUCCGAGCCUUCAGUCACUUUAUACAGUUUGGAGAACUUUGAAGGAAAAGAGAUUGAACUAGACUCUGAACUGAAGAAUCUGGUUGCUGAAGGUUACAACAGUCUGGUUCUGUCCCUCCGUGUCAGUGGUGGUGUCUGGGUGGUUUACGAGCACUGCAACUUCCGAGGUCGCCAAGUGCUCCUGGAGCCCAUUGAGAUUUCAAACUGGCCCAAGUAUAGUGGCUUCUUGAGGAUUGGAUCCAUAGCACCAGUUUCACAGAAACCUGCAUUUUUCCACAUCAAGAACAAAGAGACUAAUGAUCUCCUGUCGGUCACUCUGUGUCAGGAGGAUGUGAAGUCUGGACGGGUAAUUGUUGCUCCAGAGGAUAAGGAACUGGAGCAGCUCUGGUUCUACGAGAAUGGGCUGCUGAAACCCAAAUUUGCUCCAGAAUUGAGCCUCCAAACCAUUGGUGCGUUGAGUGACACUGGCACUAAGGUUGUUCUUUGGUCUGAGAAGCGAAUACCAAGGCAUUGCUGGACAUUUGAAAGGAGCGGGACAAUCCAGAGCCUCUUGUACAAAGGGCUUGUACUCGACAUCAAAGGUGGAAAGUCUUACGAUCGGGACAGUGCGAUUAUCUGUAAACAUGAGGAGGAGAAUCCGCUCCAGCAGUGGGAGGUUCAGAUGCUGUGAAAACAGAAACACACACACACACACACACACACACACACGCACACACAGACACACAGACACACAGACACACACACACACACACACCUCCACCCAACGCUCUGAUCAGCCUUUCCACUGCUUCCUGGGAACUGAGUGACUCCCUAAUGUGGCACUGGGAGUGAGCUGCUUAGCUGAGAGGCAGCUUCCAGACUCCCUCGAUGGCAAUGUGUGUGAUCCCCCCAUUGCAACAGCAAUGACUCUCAUUGUCCCCUUUACAUAUAGAGAGCUCUCAGAGAAAGGGUUUUGGCGGGGUGGGUGGGUAGUUGAUGGUGGAGGUGUGGGUGCCGAUACAGGUCAAAUGGAAGAGAGUUAGGAGGGGGCAAUACUUUCAAGCCAGACAGUCCUGACUGAUUUUCUAAAUAAACAUUUUAAUUCAUUGAGUAUUUGGGAAGACUGACUACGAAUUCCAGGGAGCCAGAAUGAGAAAGAGUGGUCUGUAGUUAGAGGGAGCUCUUUGAUAACAAAAGAACACCUUAUUGCAGUUUAAGAGCAGUCAUCCUGUCGUCAUAUCUGUGCAGUAUCUGAGUUUUGUACAGGAUAGGGAGGGGGAAGGGUUUAUGCAAUGAGAAUUUCAGAGCGGGGCUGGUGGGAUUUUCUCUAUUCAGAUUUCCGAACCGAACAGAGUGUAGCAGGAAGUGAACUCUGGGUUAUCUGAAGUACCUCCAGCCUUCCUGUUUUACAGCUUCAUGGGUCCAGUCUCUUCCCUUUGCAUAGGCAUACUCACAUCUACAGGGAGCUAACAGCACUAUCAUUCACUGAAGCUCAAAUUUCACUUCUAUUCCUGUGUUUGUGGGGCUCGCUUGAUUCCAGUUCCCUAUCCUGUUUAGGAUUUACAACUCUGGAUUCAUAAUAUCAUCAGAUUUACUGGCAGGAAUAGGCCGUUCAGCUAACUCAUACUAUUCAUACAUACUAUUCAAUAAGAUAAAAUCUGAUCUGAGAAUGGCUUUAAUUCCACAUUUCUGCUUGGGCCCCUCAGAAUCUUUGACUCCACGGUUGUCAAAACUCGAUGUAACUCAGUCUUGACUCCAUGACCCAGCCUCCACUGCUCCCUGAGGAAAAGAAUUCCAAAGGCUCAUGACUCCGAGGGCAAACAUUCCUUCUCGUCUCAGUCUGAAAUGGGAAAUCUCUCAUUUUUCAACAGUUCCCAUUAGGCCUAGGUUCCUCAAGAAUCAUAGAAUCCCUACAGUUUGGAAGCAGGUCAUUUGACCCAUUGAGUCCAUACUGACCCUCCAAAGAGUAUCCCACCCCCUACCCUAUCCCUGUAACCCUGCAUUUCCCUUGGCUAAUCCACUUAGCUCACAGUGUCUGCCCUCAUUCUUGCUCAGGAUCUGGAACCUUCUGUUAGACCAUUUCUCGCUUUCCAGUAGACCCCCAACUUAUUCAGCGCUUCAUCAUUAGGCAACCCUUAUACCCCAGUGAUCAGCAUAGUGAGGUCUUUCUGAACUCGGUUCAACUCAGCAGUAUACCAUGCCCCCCAACAAAAGAUAGAGUCAAUGUCAGCGCAACUGUACAUGCUGCCCCCCCCGCCGACCAAGGCAGGGACAUGGACGCCCCCUCCCCCAGGGAGAGAGUCAUUGUCAGUGGAAUAUGGGGAGGUCACUGUACGAAGCUACUGCUAUUUAGGCAAACUCCACCAAAUAUCAGAUUUAUUAUUGUUUCGAAUUUAUCCAAAAUAUUCAAGUUCAAAUAUGAUUUGUGAUGUUGAGGCAUACACAUUGCGUUUGCCGAGUGUUUUAUAUAAUGGGGACAGAAUAACAGCUUUGAUUGUAAGAGUUUUAUAAGCACAAUAAAUUUUAUAUGCAAAGGA